CGACGCUCGACUCAGUGCGGAGAAAACUACCUGGUGCUCGGCUCCUUCCAGUGUUGUCAAACCGCAAAGCGGACGAAAUGAUUUCGCUUCAAUCGUCUUUAUCACACUAAACGUAAAUAUAGUUUCGUCAGACUCACGCGAGAUGCCGUAUAGUCAUUUUUUACUCUCCGCGGCAGCUCAUUAAAAGUCGAGUCUGAAUUCCGAGUGAAGGGGAGAUGUCUAGUAGUACCCAGCUGAGCAUCCAGCAUUGGACCACCAAGCACGUAGCCAAGUGGCUGAAGGACGAGGGCUUCUGCCACUAUGUAGACCUGCUGUGCAACAAGCACCGCCUGGAUGGCAUGUCUUUACUCACCCUGAGUGAAUACGACCUCCGCUCUCCCCCUCUGGAACUCAAGGUGCUGGGGGACAUCAAGAGGCUGAUGGUGUCCCUCCGCAAGCUGCAGAAACACAACCUGGACAUCCUGGAGGAGCUGGGGGUCCCGUUCGACGGACACUCGCCUCAGGGUGGGGACUGGCACUGCAACGGAGACUCCAGCAGAGAGUGCGAUAACUCUAACACGGACACGGCACCGGUUGGAGAGCAGUAUCUUCAGUAUAGGAAUGGGAAGUACAAGCACGGAGGGAGCGGGAGGCUGGACCCUGAGUACUGGAAGACGGCGCUUAGUGCCAUCUAUGUGGUGUUUGUGUUCGGAUUUACCUCUUUCGUUAUGGUGAUUGUGCACGAGAGGGUGCCGGACAUGCGCACUUACCCGCCCUUGCCAGACAUUUUCUUAGACAGUGUACCUAGAAUACCAUGGGCCUUUGCCAUGGCAGAGGCAUGUGGAGUCAUCCUGUGUAAUAUCUGGCUGCUUGUUCUGCUGCUGCACAAACACAGGUCCAUUCUACUGCGGCGGCAGUGCAGCCUCAUGGGGACCGUGUUCAUGCUGCGUUGCGUCACCAUGUUUGUGACCUCCCUGUCAGUGCCAGGGCAGCACCUGCAGUGCUCAGGAAAGGUGUAUGGUGAUAUGUGGGCCAAACUGCAUCGAGCUCUGGUCAUAUGGAGUGGAUUUGGAAUGUCCCUCACAGGGGUCCAUACGUGUGGGGACUACAUGUUCAGCGGUCACACGGUGGUCAUCACCAUGCUCAACUUCUUUGUGACAGAAUACACCCCGCGGGACUGGAACUUCAUCCACACCUUGUCCUGGGUCCUGAACUUGUUUGGCAUCUUCUUUAUCCUGGCGGCCCAUGAACACUAUUCCAUCGACGUCUUCAUCGCCUUCUACAUCACAACCAGGCUGUUCCUGUACUACCACACUCUGGCUAACACCAGGGCCUACCAGCAGAGUCGCAGGGCUCGCAUCUGGUUCCCCAUGUUCUCCUUCUUCGAAUGCAACGUCAACGGCCCCGUGCCCAACGAGUACGGCUGGCCCUUCUCUAAACCCGCCAUGAUCCGGAGCAUGAUUUGGUACUAGGCGGUAGCGUACGCUGGUCCGCGAUGCAGCCACGACGACGUUGAUCUCAUCUAACACACUAACGCUGUUUACUCUGAGCCCCGUCAUUCUAUUUUGCUGCUGUGCUGCCUUCAAGGAGUUGCCAACUGUGGUUGUGUGAUAUUGACUUUAUAUUCCAAUAGCUGCAGAGACUGUAAACUGAGAUGGCUUUGUAGGAUCCUAUCGGUGCCACAGUGAGACCGGGUACGGGGAGACUUGAUUACUCCUCUUCGGUGACUUAGUGGUUGGCUGGCGUUUGUCCCACCGCAUGCCUGUUGAAAGGGAUUAAACUAAGUAUGUGUCCAAAAUGACACCCUACUAAUUUUAUAGUGCACUACUUUAGAUCAGGGCUCUAUGGCCUCUCGUCAAAAAUAAUGAACUACAUGGGGAAUAGGGUGCCAUUUAGGACGAAUACUAAAGACUAAUCCUCUCCACUUCCUCUCAUUUGAAAAGGGAUUGAGAUUUUUGAAGGUAAUUCCCACACCUUUUGCCAUGAUCAAUAACCAGGUUACAGAUGUGAUAUAAGUGCUUUCUUUAGUCAACUCCUCGUCUCUUGUUAUGCCUUACUGUUUAUGGCAUGACAGCGAACUCGACAGAGUGGGCUACAGCACAAACUGACCUGCUACUGCCAGGCUAGCAUUUCCCCCGCUCUUGGCGGCUCUUAACUUGUAGUCUUGAGUGAAUGUCGAAGGUAAUAGCAAGCUAGAGGUUUGGGGGGGGGGGGGGGGAGAAACAUGAAAGCAGAAUUCUCAGGCAGCCUAUUGUAACCAAAAAAAUGUUUAUUUUUUAAGUCCAAUAGAAUUUGUUAAUGUAAAGUUCAACAGUAUUAUAGUAAAAAAAACACACAAAAAAAACAUCUCUUGUGUUCAUUUAGAUGUCCUGAGAAAUUAGGGUAUAUUAUUGUGGUGUUCAUCUGGACUUUGGCUCUAAUACAAUUAUGGCCCACCUUUUUUUUAAAGCAAUUUUCAAAAUGUCACAGAUACUGUUCCUGAAUUUCUGUGUAACAAUAUCGAAGUUCCAGAUGUUGUUACUUGUUUAUCUUUAUUACUUUAGGUAGUGUGAAAAGCUUCUGCAUUCCUUCAGACACUACUGUGGGGUUUGGCUGCACUACUGUAUUAUUAAAUUCGUCAUGUUGACAUGAACUACACUACAUGACCAAAAGUAUGUGGACACCCACUUGUCGAACAACUCAUUCCAAAAUCAUGGGUGUUAAUAUGGAGUUGGUCCCUGCCCCUUUGCUGCCAUAACAGCCUCGAUUCUUCUCGGAAGGCUUUCCGCUAGAUGUAGGAACAUUGCUGCUGGGACUUACUUCCAUUCAGCCACAAGCAUUAGAGGUCGGGCAUUGAUGUUAAGCAAUUAAGCUGGGCUUGCCAUUGGUGUUUCAGUUCAUCCCAAAGCUGUUCGAUGGGGUUGAGGUCAGGGCUCUGUGUAGGCCAGUCGAGAUCUUCCACACCGAUCUCGACAAACCAAUUCUAUAUGGACGUCACUUUGUGGACCGGGGGGGCAGUGUCAUGCUGAAACAGGAAAGGGCCUUCCACAAACUGUUGCCACAAAGUUGGAAGAACAGAAUUGUGUCGUAUGUCAUUGUAUGCUGUAACGUUAAGAUUUCCCUUCACUGGAACUAA